AUGAAGUGGUUCCAAGCGCACCCGAUGCCUCAGGAGAUUCCUGAAAUGCCAGAGCACCUUCCCGGUGAAGUAGACAAGCCCACGAGGAGAGAGAACUUGAUCCGCGCGAAGCUAAACGGAGGCAUGAAGCCAUCGCCCUUAGAGUUCGACAAGAUCAUCCAGGUCUUUGCGCAGAGGGCUCGCCUGAGCGCACAGUGGGCGCCCGUCCAGCGCAGGGAGUUUAUUCGGAGGGCCAAGCGAUGGGCGAGCGAGAUGGUGCUGCAGGACAUGAGCCCCAGCGACAAGUCCGUCAAACUUAUCCUGCUCGGCUGCGAGGCCACUGGCGACACCUCCGGGGCGCAGUGGUGGUUCGGGUGGAUGGAGCGGUACGGGCGCAAGCUAGGCCGCCUACACUACAACGCGGUCCUUGGCACCUUUGGUGUCCAGGGCCAGCCGUACGAGGCGCGCCAGUUUAUGGGGCGCAUGCGGGAAGCGGGCUUCAAGCCAGACUAUCGGGGCUACGCCGCCGUCAUAGAUGCGUGGGAGAAGGCUGGUAACCGCCGCGCGAUGCUCCAGACCAUCCUCGAGAUGCAGGAGGCGGAGAAGGCGGGCGAGCUCGGCGAGCCCCUGAAGGCCACCGACCAGCAGCGCCCCUACCUGGCGCUGGCGAGCUCCUACGCGAAGGUGGGCGACGCGAGCAGGGCCAUAUCCGUCCUGAAGGUCCUCCAGGAGAAGCAGGUGCCCAUGGACCACGAGGUCCACCGCGUGCGCAUCGAGGCGCACCUCAGGACGCCCGAGGCCCGCCGCUCCGCCGAGGACAUCAGGGAAGCCCUGCGGAGCUUCCUCGACUCGCAGCGGGGCAGCAGCAGGAAGCCCGAGAUCUCGAAGACCAUGAGCGAUGAGCUGAGCACGGCCCUGGGGCAAGCGUACGGCGACGUGCUUCGGGAGUUCGGCCUGGAGGAGGGGGACGUCGUGCCGGAGCUGCCAAGCUCUCAGACCAUCAUGCUGUGGCGCCGGAAGACCCUCAUCAAUGCGAUGGAGCAGCACCGGGGAGGCGCAGGCGCAAUGCGGCCCAGGAGCGGCGAAGAGAGGUUCUUCCGCGACAGGAUCAACGCGCGCAAGGGGCCCAAGUUCGGAGAGCAUGCUGGUGGCUACCGAAUCCCAGAUACAAGGGGCGCAGCAUUCCAGGGGAUCAAGGAGUGGAUGACGAUUCCAAAGCCGGUGAAAUAUGGUUGA